GGCAUCGCGUUUCGAUGGAAUGGCCGUGAAUGGACUCCAUCGUCAGAAAGAUCAACGACGGACGACGAAGAAGAUCAUUUCUUCUGGAGUGGGAUCGAGCUUCAUCUCCAUCUUCACAUCGUCAGUCGACUUGUGAAAGCUCUAUCAUUAUACGGUUCGUUUGCUCUGCCAUUGCAUCGUACUGAUUUUCGUCCAUGUGCUGAUCGUGACCCGAACGUUGCCGAGUCAGAUGGGCUCGAUGCGAUGUGUAGUUUGGGUGACCCCGAAAACGACAAGUCUUUUCGGGAAUGGAUUUUGAGAGACGCGGUGGAUUGCCGCUGGCGAUAGCAGCCUUGUAGGAUGGUGUGAUGUUGGAACUAGUUUGGUUAGAGUGUCCUUUGGUCGGGACGAAUCGAGCUGUGGAAGGCGCGAGGUGAAAUUUCGGUCUAGCGAGUCGUGCCGGCGGAGUUGUUUUGGCGAGAGUCGUUUAGUUUGGGAUGAAUCGAGCCGUCGAAUUGCUCCGGCAGAUGUUGGGUAAGCCGAACCGGCAUUGUUUGUUUGAAUGGUUUGAACAUUACUGCUGCAGGACUGAAUUCUGAGGCUGCUCUCCGACGUGCAGUUGAGACUGAUUUGACUGAUUGGCUUAGGUGGAUUGUGAAUUCUCAGUUUGGCCGAUAACAUGCUGAGAAUCGACAUUGGGUGUUCUUUAAGAUGGAAAGUAUGGGGAAGAAUGUACAGUUCGAGUGAAUCAGUUAGAGAAGUUUCAGAAUCAUUGAGAAAGAUAAGUAAAAUCAUGAUGUCCACACCGGCAUUGGCCCUCGAUACUGCCCUUGACCAGAGUGGCGUCAGGGUGUCCCCGGAUAUAGUGGAGGAUGUCCUUAAGAGACUCGAAAAUGCAGGUAUGCUGGCUUAUAGAUUCUUUGAAUGGGCUGGGAAGCAAAGAAAUUACGCGCACAGUGUCAGGGCUUACCAUAUCAUGAUCGAGUCUCUGGCCAAGAUCAGGCAGUACCAAAUCGUGUGGGAUGUUGUGAAUGCCAUGAGGAACAAGAGCAUGUUGAAUGUCGAGACGUUUUGCAUCAUCAUGCGGAAGUAUGCUAGGGUCCAGAAGGUGGAUGAGGCGUUAUAUACAUUUAACGUCAUGGAAAAGUAUGACAUGCCCCCAAAUCUAGCCGCAUUCAAUGGUCUCCUAAGUGCUUUGUGUAAGGCCAAGAAUGUGAGGAAGGCUCAAGAGAUCUUUGAUAGUAUGAAACAGCAAUAUGUUCCAGACUCAAAGACGUACAGUAUAUUGCUAGAAGGAUGGGGGAAGGCUCCAAAUCUGCCCAAGGCAAGGGAGACCUUCCGUGAAAUGGUUAGCGCAGGUUGCGACCCUGAUAUAGUGACGUACGGAAUUAUGGUCGACAUACUUUGCAAGGCCGGGAGAGUCGAUGAGGCUGUUGGAAUUGUCAAGGAAAUGGAUUCCACUGCCUGUCGGCCAACAUCUUUCAUUUAUAGCGUUCUUGUACACACCUACGGGAUAGAAAAUCGGAUUGAAGAUGCUGUGGAGACAUUCCUAGAAAUGGAAAGGAAUGGAAUUGAGGCUGACGUAGUAGCAUACAAUUCCCUGAUUAGCGCCUUUUGCAAAGUUAACAAAUUUAAAAACGUGAAAAGGGUCUUGAGUGAGAUGGAGAGCAGGCGAGUUAAUCCCAACUCAAGGACCUGCAAUAUUAUUUUAACAAAUUUGAUUAAUAGUGGGGAAACCGAUGAAGCUUACAGCUUCUUCCGGAAACUGAUCAAGGUCUGUGAGCCUGAUGCAGAUACAUAUACAAUGAUGAUAAAGAUGUUCUGUCAGAGGGAUGAGCUGGAGAUAGCUCUUAAGGUGUGGAAGUAUAUGAACUCGAAGCGAUUCAUACCAAGCAUGCACACUUACUCAGCGCUGAUAAAUGGCUUAUGCGAGAAGGGUAAUUCACCUAGGGCUUGUGUCUUAUUGGAGGAGAUGAUGGAGAAAGGGAUUCGCCCAUCACGUAUGACCUUUGGGAGGGUAAGGCAAUUGCUCAUAAAAGAAGGAAGAGAGGAUGUGCUGGAAUUUCUUCAAGAGAAAAUGAACCUAUUGGUUAAAGAGCCAUUAUGCGAUUGAAGCGAUGCAGAAGGACUAAGGAGCUUUUUGCUACGAGUUAUGACCCCUGAUAUUGUUUGAUUCAGGCAUUAAGACAUAUUCAGUUUGACAGCAGUGCUCUGUUUGAUUAAGAUGUUGGGCUGUCACUUAGGUUCUCUGACCUGUAUACAGCUAUAAGUCUUCAAUUGUUUCCACGGUGUCUACUACUUUACUGCCUUAGAGAAAGGGAAGUUGACUGAUAAAGUAGAAAGGGUGCUGAUUUUGAAUGAAAGGUGCAGUUUGAUGGUGGUUCAUUUUCUUGGUGAUCUCUCUUCAGAUGUGUGGUCACAUCUAGCCGAGUUAACCGUGCACUACAGGGGGAGAAGAAGCUACAGGAGAAUCAUCUAAGAUGCCAGAAUCACGAACAAGCACGUGGCUUGAGGAAGCUACAGGUAUUAUUUAUACUUUGUCAUGAUGGAGCUCUAUGUUCAGAGUAUAGCCUUUUGUUCUAACACCGAUAUUCAUAUUAUUAUGCUGCUCCUGGCGAAGCCAUAAUUGUCUUGCGACCUUUCUACUGGCAUUGAUCCAAUGCAUCAUGUAGGGAGGGGGGGAGUGCUGGAAGCUUACAGCUUCUUUUCAGAGAGUAAUUCAGAAAGGGCUUGCUUAAUAUCAAGUCAUUGUUCUAUUGACCGA